AAAUAAACCAGAUAUUUCAGGCACUUAAUCUGGAGCAAGGAUAGAACAGAACACGUCUUUCGAGAGGACUUUUUAUGCCGGGAAAGAAGGAUGUUCUAAAGUGAUUAUUCCGUGCUCAUCAUCACCAGUGAGACUAUGAACCUGACCAGUAACCUAACCCCUACAGCUUCAUGCUUCAAUAACACUUUCCCAGGCUUUCAGCUCGAUUUGCUUCCCGUAUUCUAUGCCUCCAUUUUCAUCUUUGGCUUUAUUGGAAACAGUCUGGUGAUCACCGUCCUUUGUCGCCAACGGGAGCUGAAAUCUGUAGCAAACGUCUAUAUUUUAAACCUGGCCCUGGCUGACUUAUUAUUUCUUGCCACUUUACCCUUUUGGGCAACAUAUUACGCAUUUGGUCUCAACUGGAUGUUUGGAGCUGUGAUGUGCAAAAUUUCUAGCUCCAUUUUAACUUUGAGCUUAUUCGCAAGCAUCUUCCUUGUGAGUUGCAUGAGUGUGGACCGAUAUCUGGCAAUCGUUUACCCACUUCGUUCACAAAGGAGGACAGUAAAACAGGCUGUUGUCGUGGCUUUUGCUAUGUGGACCUUAGCCAUCUUGUCCACUCUUCCAACAUUCUAUUUUCGGAAUACUUUCUACAUUGAGAACCUGGAUGUCCACGCAUGUAUAAUGGACUUUCCAAAAGAGAAGUACUCAAGUUGGUGUCUGGCAAUGUCACUGCUAAAGACUUCCCUUGGGUUCUGUUUACCAGUAACCAUAAUCAUGACCUCCUACCUGAUGAUUGGUUUAAAUCUAAAAAAUCCCAAAGGGCCCAUACUUCAAAAGCAAAACAGAGGUCGAGUGCUAAAAAUUGUGACUGCGAUUGUCAUAUGCUUUUUAAUAUGCUGGCUCCCAUUCCAUGUACUGAGUUUUCUGGAUGCACUAACCAGAAUGAAUAUUAUCAAGAACUGCAGAAUCAACACGUUUCUUGAUGAAGCUAUGCCGCUCAGUAUCUGCCUGGGCUUUUCCAACAGCUGCAUUAACCCAUUGCUAUAUUGUUUUGUCGGGAACCAGUUUAGAGAGAAUUUCUGGCACGUGUUUAGUAGCAUGAAGCUGUUGCAAGACACUAACAGCCCACAGAACUCCUCAAGAAAGGGAAGUGAUUAUAAAGAGCCGGAACCAAGUGGAACUUAUGAGAACCCAGUUGUAUGAUCACAUGACUUAUUAGUCAUGAUACUGUAUAUCCUCUUCUGGUAUUAUACUUACUGUGUAAUCUAAAUGUAGCAACAGGUACAUUUUUACCAGCCAUGGUUGCAUAAUUCCUGACAGACUUUGGUUAUUUCACAGUUCAGUACAUCUAACUGUGCACUCAAAAUCUAGGUGAGCCAGUUUACAUAUUGAUACAAUAAAAUAAUUUGAAAUGUGAUUUUAGAUUUGUCUUCUGUUUCAAAAAGGUAUUGAGCAUUAUCAUAUGUAUCAUUACGUAAAAGGACGAUGUAACUAAGCAAUUGUAUUGCUGACAAUUUCUUUCAGUUGUUUUAACUUGAAUGUACAGUAGAGCCCAUGUUCAUCUUAGGUUUACAUGGGCAGUCCAUAUUAAAGUACAUGUGGUGCAAAUGAAAUAGAGUUUUUUUGCAUGCAAGGAAAUCAGUACUUUCUCAUGUAGAACAGAUAUUGUGCAACUUUAUUUUAACUCUGACAAGUUAAGCUAGGUCCUUGUUCAUAAGAAAAUGUCUGGACAAGCUAUUCUAAAUAUUACACCAGAGGUUCUCAAACGUGGUCCUCAAGGCACCCCAAUGGUCCAGGAUUUAGGUAUAUCCAUGGAUUAGCACAGAUGGUCAAAUCAAAUUGACUGAGGUUCUAAUUAAGUCACAGAUGUCCAAGCAUGGAGAAAUGUAAAACUUGGGCUAUUGGGGUUUGGGGUGCCUUGAGGACCGUGUUUGGGAACCUCUGUAUUACACUGAUAUCCUUAUUACCUCAGUAAAUAAACCUAGAAGUGUGAACACUGAACACCAAAUAUAUUUAAUCUUAUUUUCACGGGGGGCUGCUCUCCAGCCCUGUAUAAAUAUAGUUAUACUUCUGACUUAACACGCUGUACAUUUCUAUAUUUUCUCUUAGACCAUCUUCUGGGCAUUAUGAUAACACAUACUAAAUUAGGAAAUGUCUUUCUCAUGAAUUUGCCAUUGUGAUGAAUGUAAGGAUCACGGGUUAGGAACAUUAACAACAAAGGUAAUCAUAGAGAGGACAGUUCUAGACCUCUAUAUAGUACUGUACUCUGUUUUACUGUCUCGUACAUGUCAUUGUUUCAUUUAUAGUAAACAUACUUCUGUGCUUUUCAGCCAUGUCUAUAUCAUCAAGCAGUCAAGCAGUGCUUCUUUUCCGAAGGGUCAUACAUUUUCUUUAGUGGUUACUGGACCGAACUAUAUGAUGUUUGAACAAUCCUAUACAUUUGUGAGAAGUCAGUCAUUUGAGUGUGAUGAUGGCAGGGCUGGACUAAGCCUUGGGGGGCCUGGGGCACUUAA